ACGUUAUCUAAGCCACGUAGCUGCGACGUCGAGGCAGUUUAACCACGGCUGUGACGGAAACAUCACCGGAACAAAGUCGGACUCUUGUUUUCAAACUGUUUCUUUUGGGCUUUUCGUCACAUUUUGUCACAAGGAAACAACAGAAACGUGUCAUGGACAACGGACACGUGAAGGACCAUAACCGGAUCUCUGAUAACAACAAUCAAACUACAAAACCUAAACCGGGCUCGGACAUGGAGGACACAGAGGAGUUCAAGCUCCUGCGGGCCUACGCACAGAGGAGACGACCCAAACAGACACCGCCCGGUGCGGGCGUUCCAAACGGCAUAGGCGCAAAAGCAGCCGGUCCUCCCGCAGACAAAAUCCAGACUGAAAAAGAUGAGAGGGAAAAGGCAAAGAAGAAGAGGACUGUUGGGAAACCGCUGGGAAUUUUUCUCAAAUGUAUUAAACCUCAGACAGACGAGGCAGAACCGCCGCCGCCAGCGGCCGAGGAUGACGUCAGCGGGAGAUCGAUCAUGCGUUCUUCGGUUCAUCACUACGUACCUGUUGUCGGGGAAGAGGAGGAUGAGAUGCAGGAUGUCGCGGCUCGAUUGGUCGAGAUUACUGACGAGAUUGAGUUUGUUCCCUCUGAUUUAGAGGUGGAUUCGGAGGAAGACGAGGUGGAGAGGACCGUCGCCCUGAUUCUGAGGGAGAGUGGAGACCAGCUCAAUAAGCGGUUUCAAGAAGCCAAUCUGAGUUUUGAGCUUUUCUCAAACUACGACUUCUUCAGGAGAGUCGUGGAAGUUUUCCUGGACAGGAUAGGAUUCAGGAGCCGCGAUCCCGAGGCUCUGGGGCCACGAGCGUCGCCCAAAACUCAAAUCGCCGUGACCUGUGAGAUCACCAGCCGGCUCUCGGCUUUGGACACUCAGCCCACAAACCGCCUGCUGAGCCACGGAGCUCGAUUUCUGCAGGAUUAUUAUUCAUCCUGGGCUCAGCAGCACGGUGGAUAUGAGGCAGUUUUUCAAAGUGAGGACGAGGAAGUGGACUGAGCAGGACUCUGUCUCCACCUUCAGGAUGUUGGUGGGACUACACGUCCUGCAGCUUCUGCGCUUUGUGAAAAUGAAUCCGACUCGGGACCUUUCAGGCUGGAAAAAGUUUAAAAGCACAUAAAAACCUCAUGUUGUGCACUUUGAGUGGGUCUUUAUUAUUCUAACCAAAUAGUACUUAGGUUGUUUGUUUUAUUUAUUAGGAUAACAUUCAGGUUUUUGUAAUACUUCAGGCAUUAAAGUUUGCCAAGCACAUGCACUUUUACCUGCCAAAAUAACAACAUGUUGUGUGAAUUUUAAACACAAACUGUAUUCUGCCUUAUCUGAAAUGUUCUCUGUGAAUCAUUUUUGUACUUGGAUUUAUUUUAUAAAGGAUGAAACAAAA